UUCACAGUUUCCCCCCGGGAUCCCUGCUUAUUCCCCGGGCUGGGAACCCACGAGCCAAGUUGGCCCUGGGUGAUCUACCCGGCCAUUUGGUGGCCCACGAUAUCGGGGAGCCCCGGCCCCUUCCACGUCUUUUCCCUGGGACAAACUUCCACGCCUGGAGUGGCCGGGGAGGAAACCCUCGAUCUCUUGGUCUCGCGAACGAGAGGCGGCGGCGGCGGCAAGAUCCAAGCACGACGCGCCACCACGCUCCGCCCUCCUCCGGCCAAAGCUCCGCCCGACAACUGGAAGCGAAGCACCGCCACGCUCCGGCCUGUACCUCCACGCUCCGUCCCUCCGGCGGGGGCGACGACGACCGGGCUCGUCAUCCCCUUCUUCCCGGAUCUCGUCUCUCCCUCAAAGCAUCACUCAUCUCCGGCGAAGACGACGGCCAUAGAUCAUCCUCCUCUUUCUCAUCAAGAUCAAGGGACCUCCUCUCCUUGUUUGAGGUUUGUACCCUGACCCCAAGUGAGCAGCUGUACUGAAGAACAUCGAAUGCUUUGAAGUGCUCUAUCUAUCCUAACAUCACAAGUGCUCUGACAUUAGAAGUUGGCUUUAUCCGAAGACUUUGUGUUCAAUUGCUUGGUGCCUUUUGAUUCGUCGAUCAUUGAGAAGUUUUCACUCGGAGCAAGAAAGCUAUGGCAGCGCCUAGGGCAUCUUGGGACCAUGCAUACGAGAAAGGUCUUGUUGAUAUAAUGCUUGACCACAACAAUCCCAUUUAUCGAGGUCAAAAUGGGUGGACUGCUGAAGGGUGGACUAGAAUUACAAAUGCAUUCAAUCAGAAAUUUCCACUAGCUCAUUUCACCAAGCAACAAAUCCAAGAGAAGGAUAAGGAUUUAAAAGGAAAUUAUAAGGCAGUGAGAAACUCUCGGAAACAGAGUGGCACGGGAUGGGAUGAUACACUUUGCAUGAUCAUCGCUGAACCUGUAAUAUGGGAUAAACUUAUCAAGGAUAAUCUAAGGGUAAAGAAGUUCCGUUCAAAACCAUUCAUGCUCUUCAAGUCAUUGGCUACACUACAUGAAGGAAGUAUUGCUUCAGGAGACUUGAACUUUGUAUCAAUUCCGCAAGUGGAUCUCACAAGCGAUGCCAUUUCUCCUAUGGAUUCCUCUACUAAUGAUUUGAACUAUAUCUCCUCUACCAAUGUUGAUGAUGGUAUGUCCUCAUCUGAUCUACAAGGGCAAGGGGCAUCAAGAAGAGAUGAACCUGAAGCUACAACAUCUACCAACUCUGAACAAAAGGGAGCACUGCCUGUGAAAAAGAGGAAGCAAAGUCAGAUCGCUGUUGUACUUGAGGAUUACAUGGAUUUUCGGAAGAAACAGUCUGCAAAACUGGUUGACGAGUUGAAGGAAUCAAAGCAAGAUGACAUUUUCUCGAUUGGAAACUGUGUGGCUGCGCUAGAACCAAUGGAAGAUUUAUCAGUUGCAGAAAAAGCAAAGGCACUGCGGCUUUUCAAAUGCCCAAUGAAUCGAGAAAUAUUCAUCAAUACCAAGGACUCAAAUCUUCGACUUUAUUGGUUGAAGGAGGAGAUUUCUGAGAUGUAGAUAGCAUAAGGUUUACUAAAGCUAUCCGAUAAAAAUGUUCAAAGAAGUUGAUGGUGGAAGUUUUAGUAGAGUAACUAUUUCAACAACAAACAUUUUGCUAUGGAUCAGUCACACAUGGGCAUUUUUUAUGGAACAAAAUGCUUAUCAUUGCUGGAUUUCUAGCCGUAGUUUGUAUUUUUGUUGUUAAAACCAUGAUUAGCACACCUCUGUAGUGCUAUGUUAUUUGUGUGAAUCGAUAUGUAUAACUUGUGGUUAGCGUCUGUCAGUGGGUUGAAGUGUUAUUUUGCUGAUUACCUGUGUGUUUCAUGUUUUUUCCUUAAAAUUCGUGAAUUAUUAUCUAGUACUUUGUGUCAUUCCUGAAAUUUUUUUCAAGGAAAUAUACAUAAAUUUUGAUUACUUCUGAA